AGUCACUGAAGUCAAGUGAGUAGUAAGGAAAGGGUUACAAAUCUACCCAGGAAACAAAGAUGAGUUUCCAGGCCUUCACUUGGAGGACGUGCAUAUGUUUUAUGUUAACUAUGGAGGAAUUGCCAAUUGGAAAAGGGAGAAAAAGACAAGCUGCCCGCCGUCGUGUAUUUCUUGCCAAAAAAAAAUGGCGUUCGCAGACUGUUUGGGAGCGCUCGAAAACUGUCGGCGAGUGAGCUUUCCUAAGUAUGUGCCGUUUGCGAGGGGCGGAGACAAAGCUCCUCCGCAUCCACAAGGAGCUUAAGCAGCCGCGCGAAGCUGCCUCAGUGCGGGCUUGGGGCUACAGCUACCCGGACCGCGAGCCCCAAGUGGACGCUAGCUAACAAUAGACGGCGCCCUCUGGGCCGUGAUGGGCGCUACUCGGUAGGCGUGUUGUUUUGUUUAUGUGUUGUGACACUCACCAGACGUGACUGUGUGAGGAAACAAGUGACCCGCCUCGUAGAGUUCCAAGUGGAGCGACAAGUCGGAAACAGCCCCUGGGUGUCGACCUCCUUACCCCGGUGAACUCGGCUAUCGCCUCCCGGCGGAGCGGCCGUGGGCAGUGGACCUUUCUGCUCGUUUUCCCCGUCGCCAUGGAACACGUUGGACUUGUCGGCGCCGCAUAAAGACGGCCGGCGUAGUUUGAGACACAUUUGUUUAGUUGGACGUCACGAGCCCUUCGGCACCGCCAGAAACCACCAUGAGGAACACGGAGGAGGCGGAGGGCUUGGACGGGGAGGCCUCCAACACCUCCAUGAUCUCCGGGGCCAGCAGCCCCUACCAGCCUACGACCGAACCAGUCCACGCGAGGAGCUUUUUGGGAGCCGUUCGGUGCAAUGUGGACUACCUCAAGUCUUACUUAGGUCUAUUCAAGGUAGUCGAAGUGGUCCUGUCAAUGAUCGGGUUUAUCUGCAUCGAAACCAUCAUGAUGUGUUCCCCGUGCAGUGGCGUCUACUUCUUUGAGUUUGUCAGCUGUACUGCCUUUGUGGUCACAGGCACACUCCUGCUGAUUUUCUCUCUCAACCUGCAUACCAAGGUGCCUCACAUCAACUGGAACCUAAUGGAUUUGGGGAACACGGCAGCUAGCACCUUCCUCUUCUUCUUGUCAGCGCUCGUGCUCGCGUGCAUAAACCACAACAGUGGAGCUGAAAUAGCCGCAGUGAUCUUUGGCUUCCUGGCCACAGGUGUUUACGGCCUAAACACUUUCCUGGCGGUGAGGCGACGGCGGCGUGGCAACGGGACUCAGAGAGCGGCCCAAAGCAACGAGUACAUGAGAGCGCGCACAGCCUCUCGUGGGGAAAUGGAAGCACGGCCCGAACUUGCGUGAUCUAAAAAAAAAAAAAAAAAAAAAUUCACAUGACUGGCAGCUGACUGAAGCUCAGCUCCUGUUGUGGAACCUCCGGCUCUGGUUCCUGCUCCCAUUCCUCAGCCACAGAUGUUUACCUGGAAUCCAAUAUAAACAUUCCACUAUAAAGACGGAUCACUGAAGUAAUGGAAUCACUAACGGUUCCAUCCACAUGUAAAUCGAGGACGAUGUCCACGGCGGUUGAAACAGGCUCACACAGCUGCACACACAAAAAGCGGUCCUUUCCUAAUUUUUGAUUUUUCCAAAGGUUGCAUCUAUCUCACUGUGAAGGAGUUUGGCUGAGCUGUUUGAGCGGCUUUUGUCUUCUCUGUCAGCGGUGAUGCUAAACCGGCAACCAGUUACUACAGAUCAGGAACACAGCUUGACUGUUCCUUUCUCUACUGACACCAUCUGUUGCCCAGACAAGAUUUGAUCUAGUCUAUUUAAUCUGUAAAAAGCACUCGCGUUGAUUUCUUCUUUGUCUCCAUGAACUGCCUUUUAAUCCGUGACGUUUAGCCACGAAAAGAACUUUGCUGCGUGCAAUCAAUAGUCUACUUUUAGCUCAAAAUUUUUUUCUCUUUAGAACGUGAAUUCUGUGCAUGUCUGAUUAGAAAAAAAAACAUGGUUAUUGCCUGUACAAUUUUUCUCAAUCCAUUCCAUUAAUGUUAAUUUGAUGUCAACACUGUGAGCAAAUAAUAUGAAGCAAGGAUGUGUGAUUGAUUUGUUUUGUCUCCCUUUUGCACAAGUCAAAUGCUUUAAAAGUGAUGAUGACAUCUUGUUAAAACACACAGUCCAAGUCGGUAGCACGUGGUAGUGGGUGCUCUUAAAUCUCUACUGCAUCCAAGGUGUUGUUUCACCUUUUAACUUCUGACAACAUUCGGAUGACAAUCAAGUGUGCUUCACUGUAAGCGAUUCCAUGUACUUGCUAGGUCUAUUGUAGCUGGUUUGUGUAAUGUUUUUGGGAUUUGCUGCGUGGUCAUUUUUUUAAAAACAGUUUUCAGUAUUUUGGUUGACUUAAUAUUUUUUAAAAACCUACAUUCUACCAAUUUCUAACAACACCUAAGUCAGGUCUUGUUUCCUUGACACUCCAUUAAUGCAUUUCGGGCAAACUGACCGAAAGUGAAUGUACUAUAUACUUGUAGUCGACAUUGCAUAGUAGGCCGGGGUCAAAGAAUUUGCUUGUAGACUGGAUGUCUGUCUAGCGCCACCUUUUGGUCUUUUUCUCAAGUGUACUUCAGUAACCUGUGUGCACAGUACAGAUCUGUGUACAUAUGACAGAAAAGAAAUUUUUUUUUUAUUCAUGCACAACAUAUCAGUAAUACACCAAAAAUCUCUUCAGGUAUUUAUUAUUCAUUGCCUUCAUGUAUAUUAUUAAACUAAUUGAACUAAA